AUGCCGAGACUACAAAUCCUCCAACACAAGUCGUAUCAUCCUUACCUCGAGAAGAACAAGCAACGAGUUCGUGAAGACGAAGCUCGGGCCAGGGAGGAAGAACAAGAACGGGAGCAGCAUCGAGUGGACGCUGAAUCCCAACAACGAUUGACGGCUCUCCGUCGCCGGGCCGGUUCUCCUACGGUCCCCCAAGAAGACGAUCUACCUUCCACCUCGUCAAGGAAAUCGAAUGAGGCAUCCUCAUUACUUCUAGAACGACACAAGGAAAAGAAGGCAAAGGAAGAGAAGCGAGAGCGCAAGAAGAAGAAGAGGCUGGAUUUCGACUUUCCGAGCGAGACCGCCAGACGUUCCAAGGGGAAAGAACGGCAAGAAGAGGAAGACGAGGUGCAGUGGGAGAAGGAUGGUCAUUUCAAUCUGUUUGCGGAUGUGGAGAGAGAUGAAGCGAAUGGGCGCCCAGCUCCCACAUUGGCGGAAAUUGCAAAGAAGAAGAAGGACCAAGAGAAGGAUCCCUUCACUGUUUAUCUUGCUCGGCCGGACAAGGAGACAAAACCGUGGUACACGGACAGGGACAUGAAACGGUACGACGAAAAGGAAGUAGGGGAGGAUGCCGAGUUCAGACGGGCAAGAGAUCGACGAAAGGACGCUCGAUCCAAGAACCGCAACGACCCCCUGACAUCCAUCAACUCUCUGCUAUCCUCCCAUCGACACUCUCAGCCCUCACACCACAAACCAUCAACUUCGACCAACAAGACAAAGGGCAUGUCGGAACGUGAAAGAGCUCUGGCGUUGCUUUCGAAGGACAAGCCGACACCGAGCUAUUCUGAAUGGGGUGAUACCCCCAGCACUGUCUCUGGCGGCACAUGGGCAGAUGAUUUUGAGAGGCAGAAGGAAAGAGCAGGGCGGCGAUAUAAUGGCUCACGGUGA